GUGAUAGCAGAGAAAACUAAAACACUUGAAUCAGAGACACAGCAGUUAGACGGACCACAUAACUUCAACCUCAGAGCACCACUGCAGCACUCGUCUCGUUUGUGUUGUGGACCGUUUGUGUUUUAUUGCACAAAUGGAGCAGAAAGUUGUUCUCAUUACUGGAUGUUCAUCAGGGAUUGGACUCAGCCUGGCUGUGCAUCUCGCAUCAAAUCUAUCAAAAGCCUACAAAGUCUACGCUACCAUGCGGAACCUGGACAAAAAGCAGCGGCUGAUGGAGAGUGUGAGAGGACUGCAUAAAGACACUAUGGCCAUACUACAGAUGGAUGUGACCGACCAGCAGUCUAUACUUGACGCUAAAAGAAACAUUACAGAGGGCAGAAUUGACAUACUAGUUUGUAAUGCAGGUGUAGGUCUGAUGGGUCCUCUAGAAGCCCAAUCACUGGACGCUAUACAUGCAGUCCUGGACGUCAAUCUGAUGGGCACUCUCCGCACCAUACAGACCUUCCUUCCAGACAUGAAGAGAAAGAGACAUGGACGUAUCCUUGUGACCGGCAGCAUGGGAGGACUCCAGGGACUACCAUUCAAUGAGGUCUACUGUGCUAGCAAAUUUGCAGUAGAGGGUGCUUGUGAGAGCCUGGCUAUACUGCUCCAGCACUUCAAUAUCCAUGUGAGCCUGAUUGAAUGCGGACCAGUCAACACAGACUUCCUGAUGAACCUGAAGAGGACUGAGCCCAGCGAGGAAGCGCUGGAGGUUGACCCGCACACACGCAGCCUGUAUGAUCAGUUCCUGCAGCACUGUCAGACUGUGUUCCAGAACGCAGCUCAGGACACCGACGACAUCAUACAGGUGUAUAUGGAGGCAAUCGAGGCCCAGACUCCAUUUCUCAGAUAUUACACUAACAGAGCCCUGCUUCCCAUGAGCAGCCUCAAACUCACCUCCAUGGAUGGCUCUCAGUACAUCCGAGCAAUGAGCAAACUCAUCUUUUCUGCACCCGAUACAGAUCCACAGAUAUGAUGCUUUUACGUAAGAUUCUUUUCAUAAGCCCUGUGGUAUGAAACACGCUAUAUUUACAAUUUCUAAAUGCUGACAUAUUAAGCUUUCAGCUGAAACUAGUACUGCAGUGUUUCUAAUGGCACUUUAUGCUAGUAUCACUAACAUACUCCUAUUAACUCUGAUAUGUACAACACAGAACCGGUGAAAAUAAAGUCUUUGUGUAUUUCG